AUGACGACUUUCCAGAAAAACAUCCUGUCUGACCCAACCAGUGACGGAAAUGUGUCAGAGUUCAAUCAGAUAGCUCCUUCAACUCCAUCAGAACCGCCUUCGUAUCAGACAUUCCCAGAAUUCGACAGGAGGCCUAUAAAUGAGCUUGUCAAUAGCGAUUCACUCACCAAAAGAUGCCCAACUUGUGGAGGAACGGGGAAGCUCACCAAAGGUCAGCUUGUCUACUUUUUCAAUGAGUGACUCAUUCUGCGCGCGAUAGAACUGUUAGGAAAGUCCUUUUAGUUUGAACAAUAAGGUUUAUCACUGCGUAAUUUGAAACUAGAGCCUUUUAAUAUUAAACUUAAGCUUAUGAAUAUCUCGUUUGCAUGCAUUUCAGAACGUGUCGCGCUGAGGCGUACAAAUUUGAUUAAGCCAUUUAAUACAUAAAUUGAAAUUAUUCUUUUGUUAAUGUUGCUACAUUUGCUGUUACUUCCUACCGUUCUGUGGACAGUGAAAGCUCUAUUAAGCGGACCCCCAAUUAAGUGGACACCCUCUAUUAAGCGGACGCUAGGCCGAGUCCCAAAAUGAACUUCUUAUAUUUCCCUACUCAGCGGACACGUCUAUUAAGCGGACGCAGACUGCUAAAAUAAGUUGUUUUUGGCUAAUUUCUAUUGUUAAAAACCUCUAUUAAGUGGAUACCGGACCGAAUUGACAAUAGUAGUAUUGGAUUAAGUCCAUGAAAUCAGUUAACGUUUUUGCAUUUACACACAAAUUAAAGAUGGUAAUGAACUUGAACUCUGGAUAGCUUCUUUAACAACAUAGAAUUUUAUCACAGUACAGAGUAACCAUUGAAUUUUGAUCUUUAACAAACAUUUGCACCCCCCCACCUCCCAGGAUUUUAGGGGGUCAAAUGACUCUAUUUUUAAUUUUAAAGAAAUUUAAUACUAACUCAGUUAUGAAAAUACGAUACUUUUUAUUACAACAGGAAGGUCCCAAGGUUUGGGUUGCAAAGUCCGUUCUAAUGUUUUGUGUUUACUGUGACACGAACGUUAUGAAGAGAACGUAAGUUUCACCCGCUUAAACAACUUUGCAAACGGUAGCAAGAAAAACCGUCUCGCUGUUUAUAUUUCUACAGAAUUUGUCAGUUUCUUCAGGUUGACUGUUAUCUAAGGGCCGAAAACUCCAACGCUGUAUUGUAGAUCGAGGUCUCUGCUCACCUGGUGGAUGAGGUCCUCAGAAGUGAUUUAUUUAAAAUGUUGUAAGAAGUUGUUGUUGAGUGUACUGUCAUGUCAUCUGUGUGUUGUCUGUGUUGUAAGCCACAACCUCCAGACCUUAAAGCUAAUAAUCUGAAUGAAAUUUUGCAAAUAACGCAAUAUGUUUUUGUGCAUCAGAAAAUUGCUUUCAAUGUUUUGUACAUGGUCUGUCACAAAAUAUUUGUCUAUUGGUUUGAACCCCCCUCCCCUCGGAAUUUCCAAUGAUCUUCCGUGGGUGGGGUAUGGAUAUUUUCUGGAACCACACAUUAAGCAGACACUUGGGAAGGUCCCGAAGGUGUCCGCUUAAUAGAAGUUUUACGCACUGUAUCGUAGAUCGAGGUCUCUGCUCACCUGGUGGAUGAGGUCCUCAGAAGUGAUUUAUUUAAGGUGUAAGAAGUUGUUGUUGAGUGUACUGUCAUGCAUCUGUGUGUUGUCUGUGUGAGUCCCACACCUCCACACCUGAGAAUCUGAGAAAUUUGGAAAUUGUGUGACAAAGAUUUGUCUGUUGGUUGGUCGCCAAGGAGUAUUGUGUAGUAGUCGAGUGAAUUUGGUGGCGAAGCCAUCACGAGCAAUACCACCUGCCAGAGAAAAUGAUUUUUUUGAAAGCCGCCCGCUUUUACCACCUCAACAGAGAACUCUUAUAGAUUUUUUCAAAGAGUUCAAAAGGUCACGGUUUGUAAUUUGUGAUUGGUGGAUUUUGAUCCGUUUUUAUUUCAACACAGGAAGAAAUAAUGGAUUCCCAUUUUUGGAUAUUUUAAUUUAAAGAUGUUCAUUUCCCAAAGUUCAAAAGGAGACAUGUCCCAACCAGGUUUGUAAUUUGUCUCACUGGUGGGAUUUUGAUCCGUUUUUUAUCCAAAAAUUCCUUUUUUCCUGUGUGCAAGGUUCCUUGCUUGUGAGCAUUCUGUUUCAGGCAAUUAUCGACUUGUUUGCUGUGGAUUUUCUGAUCUUUCUUAAUAUGAAAUGUGUUCUUCAGCCUCACUUGUAACAAUAAAGCAAAGUGUGCCUCCUUCCCUUGACAAAAAUACCAUCGCGAUUUCCUUCGCUAUUGAGCAGUCAAAACUUAUUAUCAGUUGUUGCUUUUGCUGAACCCUGUGGGCAAAAUUGCCAUAACAACACGCCCAGCAAGCAGCUGCCUCACAGCCGUUUCCUGCUCCCUCUUAAGAAUAAUUUUCUUUUUCUCUCUGCUCACAUAAAGACGUUCUAGAGCUUUAUUGAUACUUAAUUCAGCCGAGUCUGCCAUUAUUUUCCUCAACAGUUUGCCAUCUGCUCCCUUGGGAAAUUUGCAAAGGAUCAUUUAACAUGAUUGACAUAUGUAUGGCCCUCGACCAAUCCAUUUUCUCCGCACACUGGUGUGCAGACUGUUCAGAAUACUGGAGUUUUCUGGCAGGCAGUAUUUCAAAUGCCUCGUCCCCACUCCCUUUUUUGGAUCACUGCUCCACUGCCAAAACUUUAAUCGCACACCAAGACAAUACCACCAGCUAGGCAAGCUAAUUGGCUGGUUAUGAUGACCGUGCAGAUAAAAUGCCAGGGCUGUGCUGUCACAGAGCCCAGUGGCCCCUAACGCCCAACUUUUGCUCUCGGGCAUCUAGAAAAUCUCGGAUUUUUUAUACAAAUCAUAUGCAAGGCACCCUAGAUUUUACAGGUUCAGAGCACUGGGCUACCUUUAAUUUUCCUUAGAGCACAGCCUUGAAUGCACAUUAUUUUUAAGCUGAAUAUCUGCAUGGUCUGGUGCAGUGAAAGCACCACUAUUAACAGGAAUUUGUAUUUGUUGAAACUUUGUCAAAAUUGUUCCAACUCACUAAUGUGCCUUUGAGUGUAGGUACAUUUUCCUGUAGUUGAAUUUGUGAAGACCACACAGUCUAAGUUUAGAAGGAGAAAAAAGAAUAGAAAGUGAAAGAAAAAUCUCUUGUUGAUAAAUUCAUGGGACUGCACCUAAGUUUAGAAAGAGAAAGAAAAAAUUCGUUGUCACGUCCUCCAUAAAAUAUUGCUGCCGGAAAUUUCAAGUCUUAUUUUUGCAGUGAUAGCAAAGAAAUGUACCAAAAGUGUGAUGCAUUUGCAGAGGUGUUGUUUAAUAACAUUAAACAUAUUAUAUCUUUGAUGCUUACCGUAAUGUCGGCCAUUUUUGUAGCUAAAACUUCCUUUAAUACGGUGGAAAAAGGUGUAAGUAUGAUGCUUCUGAUUUUUUUGAAAUUCCUCUUAUCCCUGCCGCUGAACAUGUCAAAUGUCAAUCUUUUUGUUUUCAUCAGAGCAAGAACAUGACCUAGUAGCAUUAAUUCCUGUGAGAGACAGAAGACUUAAGCCAAGAAGAACGUGAGUUAUCUUCCCCUUAAGAAAUAUUUGUCAUCAUAGUCUGUAGAAUUAAAUAUGGUUGUUAUUAUUUCCCCUGACAAGGCAAAACCCAACAAAAACAGAAAAAUUCAGUCUUAAGUAUUAAUGUUGCAAAUAUAUAAAAUAUAUUGAUGUCAUCAUUUUGAACUAAAGUGCUAAAUCUUUGUAACAUAAAACAAAAUAUUCAGAAAAUUUAGAAGGUUUUAUUGCUUGUGGUUCUUGUGGCAAAUUGGCGAUCAGUUCGGUUCAUUUACUUGUCAUUAUAGUAAGAUACAUAAAGUUUAAAUAAAUAAAAGAAUUAAGUAAACAGCAAGGGAGCCCAGAGGAAUCUAAGAGGCCUGGCAUGAGAAAUCAAUUGCCAGAGUCUGAAAAAGGGACAGAAAAUCAAGGCAAUGAAAAAACUUUCCUCUCUCCCCCCCCCCCCCCCCCACACACACACACACACACUAUAGCUCUCCUGCUUCAUUUCCUGGACAAAAAAAAAUUCCCAGUCCCAAUAGUGACAAACAUCAAUUUUCUCCCAACGAUAUCCAUACCUUUUCAAGAGAUAAGGUUAUGAGAAACAAUGAAAUGAUCACUGAAGAGAAAAUGCUUUGAUCUUUUAUGAAAUUCUCUCGACUGAUUCUUUAAGGAAAUGUAUACCUGUAGAUCAGUUUGGAGAAAUAUGUAUGUGUACAUUGGGGCUUAAAGGGUUAAAAUAUUCAAUAAUAAUACAUUUAUCUGGAAAAUUAUGUUUUAACCUUAACUGUUUCCAUUCUAGAGAAUAAGAUUUUUCCGCGUUUUUGAAAAUUAGCAAAAAAAUAUGCUCUCGUUAAUUGUUAUGAAUUACCUAGGGAUUUUUUUAGAGUAUUUAAGGAGUGUUGAAUGCAAAUUUAGUCCUCUUGGUGAUCUCUCUGGAGGCACUCACACACAAUAGCAUAUGGUGUCACUGUCAUUAUUGUUGUCACACACGGGUAUGGUGUCUGUAGGGAAUUUAGACGAGAGUGAAUGACUCCAAAGCUUCCCAUAUGUAAGGUAAAGUUUUCAUGUUAAUGUUAUUUUUCAGGGUCCUGUAUCUCCUCUUGGCAAUUUUUUUCUGCUUGGUGAUCGCCACAGUCGUCGGAGUCAUCUUUUUCCCUAGAAAUAUUACAAUUCAUUUGGAAAGUGCUGCUCCGGUGAAUGUUUCAAUACCAAGAUCAAACAGUUCAGAUCCGUUUAUCAUUAUAAAUGUGAGUAUUGAACAGUUUGUGCUCCCAAGUUUUCAUUGCACAUAGGUAGAAUUUUUUUCCGUGGUUGGUUGUUUCCUUUCUUUCUGUUUCUAUUAUACACUUAAUGUCAGAUCUCGAGUUUUGUUUUCCCGACAGUCCUGAUAACAUCAGGACUCGAGGGAGAACACAACUAACUUGUUUCCCGACGGACCUUACCUGGAUAUUGGCCAAGUCUUUUUUUUUUUGCAUUUUUUAUUGACCAAGAUGAAGUUGAGGUCAAUAAAAAUGUAAAAGAGAACUAGGCCAGUAUACAGCCAUCUCGAACAAACCAGCCUGGUCAAUAAGGAAUUUAUUGUACGGUCCCUUUUGGGACCAACAUGGGAAAUCAUAGGCAAGAUGAGCCCAGCUUGUCCGCUCAAUUAGCCAAUCAGAACGUAGAAUUUGCUUUAUCUUUCCCGCCCGCAGACUCAACCCUAUUAUAAAUAUAUUACCGUAAAUCCUCUAUUAAGCCCCCCCUCUCUAAUAAGCUCCCCCCCUCCCCCUCCCCUCCAUCCUUAUUCUUCACAAACAAUAAUAUUAACAUGGACUGAUCAGUUAUGGUUUCUUUAGGCUGGAAAUUCAUAAAUUUUGUUUUUGGUCUUCGGCUGCAUGACCUCCAACUUCAUGUGCUGAACUUUUUCAACUUCAUGCUCUAGUUCUGUGUGGAGAAUUGUUACCAGUUUCUUAUUGUUAGAAAAGGCAGUAUAACGAUCGGGAACCACAAGUCUGUCCCAUUGAUGCAUUUUGCUAAAUUAAAUAAGCCACCCCUCUCUUUUAAACCCUCUCUCUCUAUUAAGCCCCAUCUCAGAAGUGCUUGGAAAAAAUAACAAGUCUCCCUGGGGGGCUUAAAGUGCCCAUCACCUAAAAUUUUAUAUUUUUUUAUCUGAAACCAUACCUUAUAAAAAUAACUUCUGCAAAAGAAUUUUGCGAUUUGAACAAAACGCGAUUUUUGUACCAAUUUUUGAAGUCUACAUUUUUGCGGUACACCUGCGCCACUGAUCAUGCAAACUAGCAGGCUCACAUAUGACGUCAUGUGACACAAAUUAAGGAACUCACAUUACCUUGCCUUCACCAGCUGUACACAAAAAAGAUAAAUUACAAGUAAGGAUUGAAUCACAAUGUCUUCGUAAGAAGAAAGUUUUUCUGUAAAAGAAAAACCUGUCAGAACUCUUAACGUUUUCCUGUCGAUAAGGUCACGUGUUCCUUAAAGUACGUCAUAUGACGUCAUAGUCCGAGAGAAGACUUAGACGAAUGGUGUGCCAAAAUGGCAGCAAAUUUGAACGUUUUUAAAAAAUUCUAAAAAAAUCAUCUUUGGUUCAAAUCGCAAAAUUUUUUCGCAGAAGUUAUUUUGAUAAGGUGUAGUUUCAGAUAAGAAAAUAAAAAAUUUUAGGUGAUGGGCACUUAAAUAGAGGAUUUACAGUAAAUAGACGUAGGGUUGAAGUUAUACAACGCUUUAAGAGAUUAUGAAAUCAGGGAGUGAUGGAGUGGGGUGGUUUCUGUGGCCCCCCAGUGGUCCUCAAUGCUAUGGGAUGGAUGCAUAGGUGCAUAUAUACAGUUAGUCUGUUUUCUCAUAGAAAUCGUCUUAUUCACAAUAAUAUUCAUUAUAUUUUGAUCAUUUUGUUACUUUGCAGAGUACUAUCUCUAUUCACAAUUCCAACUUUUUUGAGGCACAUCUGGACCAUUUUAACAUUGAAGUUAACUGGGAAGACUAUGUGGUGGCAAAUCCUGAUAUCCCAGGAGGUGUUAGAGUUAAGCCACGUUCUACCCUCAAUGUAUGUGCUUGUAAAACUAAUGAAUAAUAUAUGACUUAAGAUCAAGAGUCACAUAGAAGUUAUUAGAGACCUUUAGCUGCUAAGAUGAGUACGACAAUGAGUACGAGAUUUUCUCAAUACUAAGUAGUGCUCUCGUGUGAACCAGCAUUAUUUUGGCGGGAAAACGUAGUAGCCGUCUUCACUCUGCUACUAGUUUUAGCUACUGCUAGAAUGACGAAGUGGUGAAAACAAGUUAUAAUGUUAGAAAUUUUAUCAUUUUGCAGUCGGGAGAGGGUGUAACCUCCUUCACUAAAGGUAACAGUGCUAACUUUUCUACUGAAAAAUGGUAAAAUAAGCUUUCCGGGGAGUUUAUAUUUUAAAAAUAUGCGAAAAAGCUUUAAGUCAAAUCUUGUACUUAUUGUCUUACUCAUCUUAGAAUCUAAGGGUCUCUGUUAAGGAGGCAGCUUGGCCGAAUGGUUAAUUAAGGUAUCAUCCAGGGUAAAAAAUCAUGAUUUUUCGAAAUUUGCAAUUUUUAAAUGAUUAAAUAGAGCUAGUCAAGAGCUUUCUUUUAAAAAAAAUUCCAGGAAAAAAUGUUUUUUCUGUGCAGACUUAUGGAAUGCAAAAUUUUUUUCUAUGCUAAUUAUUUUAAUUGAUCGUUGACAAGUCCUGUCAUACUUGAUAUGUAUGUCGCUGUUGAACCAAGCUAAUCACGCAAUUUGACAGAAAUCGUGGUCUACAAGUAUAGUACUCACUGUUUUUCCCAGAUUUUGUUAGUGAAAGCUUGUCCAUUUUCGUACACGACUCCAAGAAGAAAGAAGAUGACAAAAUCGUUUUGCAAAGAGUGGGCUUUGAAAUUAGCAGAGAGCGACAGGGGCUACUACUACAAUCAAGAAGAAUGGCUAAAAGAUGACAAAGCUCCUGAAAAACCAUUGAACCCAUCGCGGAAUCGAGUUUAAUGAGUUUCUUAGCGAGCGCGGCAAGCUUUUUUGGCCGCGAAGCGGUCAGGCACGCAACGAAGUCGCGAGAGGUCCGGUGCCAUAUAAAAACCGGACGAAGGACUGUUUUGAAAGUCUAUUUUAGUGGGAGAGAAGCUUCAAGAAAAACUCCAGGAAGCAGUUUGUGGUCAAUUUUUUCAGGGAAGUGUCGAACUUUUAGAAAAUGUAUUGAGUAAAAGUGGGCUUGGCUCAACUUGGCUUGCCUAGUGCAAAAAUGAUAACUCCCCGUCGCAAAUAGGUAAUGAUGCUUUCUAGACAACGGAAAGUAUCCAACAGAGCAAAGCCUCUGAAAUAAAUUGUUGUUGGGUUUCGUUUUUAACCUUUUCCUGCUGUGUCACUAUUGUUGUCCCUUCUCUGGUAUAUGCAUCAACAUUGACAGCUUUAGUCUUAUAAUCUGUCAUAAUCUCGUCACGGGUAAUACGCCACCAAAACUCUUUUUCCACUGUUUUCUCGAAAUGAAAAUCACAGCAAGAUGACGAUACAUUUUAAACUCCAAGUCGCCAACCCGUGAACCAAUUUGGCUGAAAUUUGGCCAACUUAAUGUCGGAUAGUUUUUCUAAAAAACCGUGUUUGCGAAUUUUGAUUUCUUUUUUCGUUUUCGAGUUAGAGUAUUUUUUUUCACAGGUAGUGCUAACGAUUUGCUAUCCCUAACUUCUCCUGCUUAUAACAACAGAACAAACGCACUUGACAAAAAUCUGAGACAUGGUUUUUCAGCCAAACAUGUUGAGAAGCGAAUGUGUUCUUAAUUGGCUUCUUCCGUUAAUUUUUGGCUGGACUGGACUUAAAUUUACAGUAACACCCACUUUCACAAAAAGUUUCUCAUUUCUAAAUCGCAUUUUUUUGAUUUUUUAAAAGAAGUAAGCAAUAAUCUGGAACUAUUAAGCAUUCAGAAAAUGUAUGGUUUAUGGGGGUAUUUGUUAAAAGCAAAAGCGCUAGCGCCGAUCAAUGCGAGGAGGGUGCUUGAGGGUGGAUGAUACCUUAAGCAGACACUUGGGAAGGUCCCAAAGGUGUCCGCUUAAUAGAGGUUUCACGCACUGUAUAUAUUGUAGAUCGAGGUCUCUGUUCAUCUGGUGGAUGAGGUCCUCAGAAUUGAUUUAUUUAAGUUGUAAGAAGUUGUUGUUGAGUGUACUCUCAUGCAUCUGUGUGUUGUCUGUGUGAGUCCCACACCCUCACACCUGAGAAUCUGAGAAAUGCAAAUAGCAAUACGUCAUCAGAAAAUGUGUGACAAAGAUUUGUCUGUUGGUUGGUAGCCUGUGUAGCUGGUGGUAUUGUGUAGUAGUCAAGUGAGCGUAAACCGCGAGAAAUAGAAAUACUGCCUGCCAGAGAACCAUAAUUUUUUCAAGCCGCCCACUUUUAUAACCUCAACUUAGCGGACCUCUUAGGCAAUAGAUGUUCAUUUUUAUUUCAAGGUUCCUUGCUUGUGAGUGUUCUGUUUCAGGCAAUUAUCGACUUGUUUGCUGUGGUUUUUCUGAUCUUUCUUAAUAUGACAUGUUUUCCUUGGCCUCACUUGUAACAAUAAAGCAAAGUCUGCCUCCUUCCCUUGACAAAAAUACCAUCGCGAUUUCCUUUGCUAUUGAGCAGUCAAAACUUAUUAUCAGUUGUUGCUUUUGCCGAACCCUGUGGGCAAAAUUGCCAUAACAACACACCCAGCAAGCAGCUGCUUCACAGCCGUUUCCUGCUCCCUCUUAAGAAUAAUCUUAAGAAUAAUCUGUUUCUCUCUCUGCUCACAUAAAGACGUUCUAGAGCUUUAUUGAUACUUAAUUCAGCCAAGUCUGCCAUUAUUUUCCUCAACAGUUUGCCAUCUGCUCCCUUGGGAAAUGUGCAAAGGAUCAUUUAACAUGAUUGACAUAUGUAUGGCCCUCGACCAAUCCAUUUUCUCCGCACACUGGUGUGCAGACUAUUCAGAAUACUGGGGUUUUCUGGCAGGCAGUAUUUCAAAUGCCUCAUCCCCACUCCCUUUUUUGGAGUAGUUUUUUCACAGGUAGUGCUAAUGAUUUACUAUCCCUAACUUCAACUGCUUAUAACAAAAGAACAAACACACUUGACAAAAAUCUGAGACACGGUUUUUUAGUCAAACCUGUUAAGAAGCGAAUGUGAUCUUAAUUGGCUUCUUCCAUUUAUUUUUGGCUGGCCUGGACUUAAAUUUCCAGUGACACCCACUUUCACAAAAAGCUUCUCAUUUCUAAAUCGCGUUAAUAUUUUGAUUUUUUAUAAGGAAUAAGCAACAAUCUGGAACUAUUAUAAGCUUUCAGAAAAUGUAUGGUUUAUGGGGGUAUUUAUUAAAAGCCAAAGGGCUACCGCCGAUCAACGCAAGGAGGGUGCUUGAGGGAUGAUACCUUAAAGUGCUGGAAUUGCAAUCAGAAGGCCCUGUGUGUCUGUGGGGAUUUUUAUGCAUCAGGGGUGCAGGAGGCCGAAGUAACAAAAUCACUGUAUACUUGCUGUCCAGAAUCACAUCCUCGUGCAGGUGGUAUGAGGGAGUUCUCCCUUGUGGCACCAUUAGUGUAAGUAGCACAGUUUGUUAGUAUACAUUUGAUGAAAUCAGGAGUAGUUGUACUUAUCAAGGAAAUUUUUCCAUUACAGCAUACAUUUUACGUAACGACUACAUACGCAAAUCAAGAGGCAGACAAAAUUAGGUAAGUUGUUUAGUGGUUUUAGUUGUUUAGUGAACUACAAUGUAGGAAGAUUAAGACAGAAUCCAUCAGAAAGUUGAGUAAUUUUAGUUUUCAUUGGACAAAAAUCUUGUACCAGAAUAAAUUAAAUCAUAUCACAUUCUUUUUUACAUUUUUCAAGGGCUAUAGAUAUCAAUUAGUUAUCUGUAAUAACACCAAAGACAAUUCCUUAUGGAAGCCGGAGAAAACUGAUUUCAUACUGCACAGAAAUUGUGCAAACACAAGUAAAAUUUCAUGCAUAAGAUUUCAUUUUGUGAAAUUUAAACCUUUUGAAUUUUGUUUUCUCGGGCUCCAAUAAGAAUUUUCUUUGGUAUAAUUACAAAAAACAAAUUACAUCUAUAGCCCUUGAAAAGUGUAAAAAAAGAAUGCAAUAUGCUUUAAAUUAUUCUGGUACAAGAUUUUUGUCCACUGAAAAUAAAAUUUACUCAAUUAUCCAAUGGAUUCUGUCUUGAUAUAUUUCUACUUACUUAGUACCUGUACGUCAGUGCAUUUGAAUGCACAAUAAUCUUCAUCUUUUUUUAAUAUGACUCUGGGCAUGAGUGAUUUAUUGAAAGUUUUCACAAGUUCUUAUCAACAUCCUCAUAACUAUUCAUUGGUUCUAAUUCCCAUCCUGUUUCCUAACUCCCAAUUCCCACCUUUUAUUUCCGUUAUUCUUACCAUUUCCUCAUGCAGCCCCCUUCCUCUGCUCUCACAGUUCCAAUCUUCUUGCCCCCGGUUUCCACCAUUUGUCCCCCUAAUCCCUGGUCCCUGGAUCUUCUCACAGUUUUUAACCACCUUUUCACAGUUCCUCUUGGUUUUCUUCCAAUUACCAUCUCUUUGCUCCACUUUCCCAUUCUCUUUUUUUCCUAUCUCCCUUUUCUCAUUCCUGGGGUCAAUUUAAUAAAACUUUUCCACGUGCAAUGCACCUAUCAAUGUAAACACCGUGCGGGGGGAGUGCAGGCAAGGGGUGGGGAUUUGACAAAUUUUAAAAUUUUUUGAUUAAAUUCCCCAGGGUGGGAAACGAAAGGUCAGUCAAAAGUGUCAAAAAAGCCCCCACCCCAGGGGAAAAAUCUAAACAAACAAUACUAUAAUACUAUAUAAAACGAAUAAAAGAACAUUUCAAAAGUACGUUCUUACUACUUUUAUUUAAGGUUAACGUAAGUUCCGUUAAAUUACUUGCUGUAAUAAUUAAGUAUUUUCUCUCUCCACUAGCAUCUCUUAUUUUGAACAACAUAAUCGUUCCAGGAAGAUUGACCGUGCUAUUAUAUUAAUGAAACGUAAAAUGCUUUAUAACAUCUACUCAACAUGUCGGAACAGGUUGGAUCAGUGACCCAUAAAAAAUCCUCUGACUUUCAUGGUAAAACUGGAUUUCAAUCGAGGUUUACAAUCAGAUGGGAACUUGAAGAUAAAAACUUUCUCAAAAUAGACAUUAUCUGUUUAGAUGACGGUGUAAAGUAUCGGAUUAUGGCGAUUAAAACAAAUGAAAACUUCAUACCUUUCUCCAACAGCGUGACUUUCCGAAAUCCUCGAGGGACGGACUUGGUAACUGCUUCUGAAUUGAUACCAGGCUUCUAUCGGUCAAAGUCAAAUGUCCCGACCCCGGGGUCGCUUCGCACGAUCAAAAGCCCGACAGGGGGAUAGUCUCAGGCAUCAAAUCCCCUCCCCUUGCCUGCCCUCCCCCCCCCCACGGGAUUUACAUUGAUAGGUGCAUAAUUUACAAGUGUAGCCAUUGUUUUAGAGUCUGAGAACAAUAGCUACACUUGUAAAUUACCCUUAAACUCAUCACAAAUAGAUGUUCUUGGGAGCUGGUGCCUUAACCCUUUAAACUCUACGAUCAAAAUUUGAAUUCUCAUUUGUUGCCCCUAUUCAUUUCCAACAGAAGUAGUGGGGAGAAAUUGAUAAAAUAUAAAGUAAAUUCAUCUUGUGUGAUCAUGUUCAUAAUUCUCAUAACCACUCUGUUUUUUCAAAGCAUUGAAAUUACAGCAGGGUGCCAGAUGCCAUAGCCGCAGGGAGGUAUCCAUGGCAACCCUGGAAUGUGGGAACCACCCAAACGAGCACCCGCUAGCCAGCACCGUCACACUGAAAAUCAGUGGAAAUAACUUACCUGAAAAGAUACUUACCCUGGUAACCAAAAGAGGGAGGGAGGAGAGGGUGCAAGAAUCUGCAAUGAUUUGCAAUAGCUAAGCUUUAGAUCCACAAAGAUCAGCUGAUGACACUGAAAAUGUAAAUCAAUGAACCUUGAAACCCUGCAAAACCCGUGAAGGCCACCCCAAAGGUCACGUGUUGCAGAUGAGGAAGACCGCUGGCUGCAUUUGCUCAAAUUUAACUUUGCCUAAAUGAUAUUUAGCCACUUGUGUAAAAGUUUUAUUAACUUGACCCUUGGUUGCACCCUUUCUGUUCCAGUUUUGUCCUCUUUUUCCCAGUUACCACGCGGCUUCAUUGGGAAAAGUUAAUUAAGUUAUCUUCUCUUUUGGCAGGAGGGUCUGUUGUGGUUGGUCAUUUAAUCUGGCCUUUUUGAUAACGUGAGUAAAAUGCCUUCAUAUAUAAUACAAUAUGUUCUGUUAGAUACGUGUAUGUCAGAAAGGUUAUUAAAUUUUUAUCAAGACAGGAAGAGUGAAAAUAAAUGUAACCAAAUCAGUGAAAUUUACACAUUUCUUUUAUUGGGGCUGAGCUCUGAGUUACCUAUAAUGGAUAGAAAAUGAUGGGUGGUCAAAUAUCGUUGUCUUCUGUACCGUUUUAUUCCAUUGAUUGGGGAACAAGGUCUCCUUGUGUGCAUUUUUACUUUUCAGUACAUUUCAUUAUUACAUUGUAAAUUUUUAAGCACAUUCUUGACAACACUUGUUUAAAGGGGCGUGUCUCAGGCCAAAGCGUUGCAAGGGUGCAUGCCACGAUCAUUCAUGUGUGUGGUUGCAAAACAUGUUUCCGCAAAAAAAUGAUAUUUAGGUCAAGCCAAUUAGUAGUAUCACUACCCAGAUCUGGGUACUGUAGGGACAUAAUUAUCAUCAGUAUGGAACUUCUGCACUUGUUCUUCAGUUGUUAAUUUGCAAGGAAAUCUGUGGUGUUGUUGAAAAAUUGCAGUUGUUUUCUCAGGCUAUAGGCAUAUGCCUCACUGAUACAACCAUUAAUUUUUACUUUUGCUAUUUUAAACUUGCAUGAUUUUACUUGUUGUACAUCACAAUCCCAAAGUGUUUCUAUUAAAACAGUUUUAUUGCACCAUUUAUUACUCUUUAUUUACAGGGUUUCAGCCAAGACCCACUCUCUGACAACAUCAUCUGAGGCGUCAGAUUACAGAUUUAAAUACAUUAACUGCCAACUGAAUGGACUGAAGUGGUGGAAAACAUGCUUUGAUGAUUAUUGAAGCAAGGUUGGGGUCCUGCAACAAUACUGUGAAAUAAGUUAUGGAUUCCCGCAAAUUAUUAUUUCACUGAACAGAAAAUACUUGUUUUGAUCGAUGGAUAAUGGAAGUUUCAAUGGCAAGAUUUUUGAAUAAAACCAUUAUUAGCUUCUUGCUCAGUGGCUUUCAUAUCAAUGUUCACACCUCAAGAUUUAACACACGCAGCUAGAAUUGUCCUUGGAUGUGAAGUACAGUGAUCCUGGAAUUGACUCUCUCACUGAGAAGUGGUUCCCUGUUACAUGUAUAAUUUACCUACCAAUGGUGUGAAAACUCUGCUAGUAAAGUUAUUGCAGGUAAGAAGAUUGCUAGAUUACAGGUAUGGAUUUAGGUUGCCUGUGUCACAGAUAGAGUUAAAAUUCUUGUUAAGUCCAUCUGCAAAAGAGUAGCCAAGUCCUUGUACUGGGUCCCCCACCUGUGUACCAGGAUUUGGGUAGACGCCAUGAUUGUCCUGUUUAAAAAGCCAUUACCGAUUUGCCAGUCAAGUUGAAGGGAAAUUUGUUGUGCAUUUGCGGUUAUUCAUUGAGUCCAUAGAGAGGAGACGUGUGACAUCACGUCACCAUGGUAGCACUAUUUCUGGAUGACAACACAACCAACGACAACGGCCGGUGACAGAAGGAGAACGGCAAAAAAGUAAUAGGUUUUUAUUGACAAAACAACAAAUUUGCAUGUGCAUCAUGCUACUUUGUUCAUUUCUUUGCCAUCGUUGCGCCCCUGCGACAUGAAACUUCCUAAUUUCACACUUGAAUAAGAUCGAUGUAGUUUGAAGCAGUGUGAAUUCACUUUUUAAGGAAUGUUUUUGGUUUGUUGUCAUCCAAAAAUUUGCUACCAUGACAACAUGACGUAACGACCUCUCCUUUCUAUUGGGAAGCCAGAACAAGGAUAUUGCAAUGCUUGGCAGACUUUACAGGCUAGGAUUUGGAGAGAAUUGUUAGAUUUGCGUUACAAAUCGUGACGAUGUUUUAAAGUGGGAUAUCUGAGGGUAACUAUUGCUUAGUAGAGGGUGCCUGUGGUACUGACAUUGGACCCUUGAUCUCGAAGAACAUGUUGCAUCCACUUUUAGCUGUCAAAGGUCUGUUAGGUAGUAAAUGUACUUUAGGCAAAGAAAUUUUGAGCCUUUUGAGGGAACAAUGGUUGUAUAGUACCAGUGAUCAGUCAGUGCAGUGAGUGGACAUUACAGGACAUUGAUUGCUGAAAAUGUUGGUAUGGAUGCAAUUUUAUUUUCAGCUGCAGACAGUAAGAGGGAAUUGUAUCAUUUCAGGGCUGUCACUAAGGGCUCGGAGCUAGGGGCCUGGGAACUGUUCAAUUCCCCCACCUCCCUUCCCUUGUAUUUGUUUUUGUUUCUUUUUUUGGCUUUGCUUUCGUGGUUUAUUUUAUUGGUCUUGCUUCUUAUUUACUGCGCUUUUCAAAAACACACGAACUCUAAAAGUUCAAAAGCCGCCUUUUCAAUUGCAUUUUUCGCUGCUGUCAAUCAUAAUUACGAAUACAAGCAACAAACCCUGAAACACAGAAACACACAAAAUGGAUCAAAAUCCACCAAUCACAAACCAUGAAUUUUUGAACUUGUUAAAGUAAACUUCUGUUUCCUAAGAGGUCCACUAAGAUGAUAGACAGUCAUGAAAAAUGCAAAUGUUAGUUGGGUUUUGAACUUCAGAAUUCCCGUGUUUUUGAAAAGCAUAGUAAUCAAGUUCUCUCAACCAAUUAAUCAAGAAAAUACCAAAACUAUGGUUCGCGAGCAUUUUUCAGACUGAUAAAACUUGAAAUCAGUGCCUAUUUGAAAAUUUAAAGAUUAUUUCUAUAUGCUUCAUGUUUUGAACUUGACAGAACACUGCUAUUCAGUUUAUUAAGCAGCUCAUUACAGUGCAACUGCGGUAACCAGGGCCACUUAGACAUAAUCGACCAAUCGUAUCACAUAAAAAGCAAACAUUCCGCAAAUGUGUCCCAGAAACCAAUAUUUAUUAUUUGAUGAUGUUUUUCUUGGUUGAAACUUUAAAUGUAAUGCUUGGGAGCAUUAAUUUGUCAUUUAACAGCAAUUUCGUUGCUAACACCCUUCAAAACAGAAAUUCAACCAACGUUUGCGUUGUUAACUGAAUGACCUCUCAGGAAACAUGGGCUCUUUAAGGUCACAUUGUUUGAUUGUAAUUGGUAGAUUUUGUUCUGUGUUGUUUAUUUCAUUUUGUAGUGAUUAUGAUUGACUUCUUGGAAUGUAUUGUUAUUGUUAUGCUAUUGGCUUGGACAAUUUUGUCUAGGUGACUCCUAGGUGACCCUGGUUAAGGUUUAUUAACACUGUUUUGGCAGUUUUUUAGUGUAUGUCAUCUGCCAAAUCAUGGCAAGAGAAAGGUUGCAGCUUGAAAGCAGAAACUUGGCAAGUGAAAAAUAUACUGAAUAUAUAUAUUUAAUAUUUAAAAUUUGGUAAAAGUAAAAAUUUUGCCAAAUAUCACAAACUUUUAAUGAGUAGAUUUUGAGAAAUCGUCCCCUCUGUACCAUUGCCUUUUUCGCCGCCAUGUUUGUUUGUCAAAUUUAAAACACGCGCUACCGCUGACCGCCUGCAAAACUGUGUUCAGCCACCUUAAAGAAGGCGCACUGUAAAAUAUGAUUAACAAAGGAUAAAUGAUAUGGCUUAAACUGCAAAAUUUCUCUUGUGAGAUGAGGCAAUCAAUACCAAGAGCAAGAAAGGCCUGAUUUAUGUAGGCGUUUUGAGGCAUGUUUAAGUGAAGUGUUGUUUUUGUCUUUUUUCAUAUUAUAUAUACAUAUAUAUUGAUGUGAAAUGUCAAGCAAUAGCAAAGCUGUUAUAAAUAAUAUUAACUGUAAGAAAGUAAUA